GUUCCGGAACCCGCGGUCCCAGCGGCGCCUGCGCCUCGGCUCGUGUGUGUUUGCGUCGCGCGCUCUUCCUCCGAGCUGCCCAGGUGGCUGGUGUGCAGCAAGCUCCGCGCCGACCCCUGACCCCUGUCCCCGUCCCGGCAUGAGCCGGUACCUGCUGCCGCUGUCGGCGCUGGGCACGGUAGCAGGCGCCGCCGUGCUGCUCAAGGACUAUGUCACUGGUGGGGCUUGCCCCAGCAAGGCCACCAUCCCUGGGAAGACGGUCAUCGUGACGGGCGCCAACACAGGCAUCGGGAAGCAGACGGCCUUGGAACUGGCCAGGAGAGGAGGCAACAUCAUCCUGGCCUGCCGAGACAUGGAGAAGUGUGAGGCGGCAGCAAAGGACAUCCGCGGGGAGACCCUCAAUCACCACGUCAACGCCCGGCACCUGGACUUGGCUUCCCUCCAGUCCAUCCGAGAGUUUGCAGCAAAGAUCAUUGAAGAGGAGGAGCGAGUGGACAUUCUAAUCAACAACGCGGGUGUGAUGCGGUGUCCCCACUGGAUCACCGAGGACGGCUUCGAGAUGCAGUUUGGCGUUAACCACCUGGGUCACUUUCUCUUGACAAACUUGCUGCUGGACAAGCUGAAAGCCUCAGCCCCUUCGCGGAUCAUCAACCUCUCGUCCUUGGCCCAUGUUGCUGGGCACAUAGACUUUGAUGACUUGAACUGGCAGACGAGGAAGUAUAACACCAAAGCCGCCUACUGCCAGAGCAAGCUGGCCAUCGUCCUCUUCACCAAGGAGCUGAGCCGGCGGCUGCAAGGUUCUGGUGUGACUGUCAAUGCCCUGCACCCCGGCGUGGCCAGGACAGAGCUGGGCAGACACACGGGCAUCCAUGGCUCCACCUUCUCCAGCACCACACUCGGGCCCAUCUUCUGGCUGCUGGUCAAGAGCCCCGAGCUGGCUGCCCAGCCCAGCACAUACCUGGCCGUGGCGGAGGAACUGGCAGAUGUUUCGGGAAAGUAUUUCGAUGGACUCAAACAGAAGGCCCCGGCCCCCGAGGCUGAGGAUGAGGAGGUGGCCCGGAGGCUUUGGGCUGAAAGUGCCCGCCUGGUGGGCUUAGAGGCUCCCUCUGUGAGGGAGCAGCCCCUCCCCAGAUAACCUCUGGAGCAGAUUUGAAAGCCAGGAUGGAGCCGCAAGACCGAGGACAGCUGUCCGCCAUGCCUGCAGCUUCCUGGCACUACCUGAGCCGGGAGACCGAGGACUGCCUGGCCGCCAUGCCCGUAGCUUCCUCUAGGGGGUGGCGCUGGCACCACCUGAGCUGGGAGACCCAGGACUGGCGGCCGCCAAGCCAGCAGCGUCCUCUACGGGGCGGUGCUGGCCGCAGUGGACUGCCCUGCAGGUGAGCACUGCCCCGGGCUCUGGCUGGUCCCGUCUGCUCUGCUGCCUGCAGGGGAGAGGGGCCAUCUGAUGCUUCCCCUGGGAAUCUAAACUGCGAACGGCCGAGGAGGAAGGGGCUCCGUGCGCUUGUGGGCCAUGUCAGGAGAGCCAGCGGUGCCUGUGGGGGAGGGCGCCAAGGUGCUCGGUGAAGAGCAUGGGCAAGUUGUCUGACACUGGAUUCUUGGGUCCCUCUGGGACCUUGUGUAUGCAUGGUCCUGUCUGAGCCUUGGUUUCAGCAGUGAGGUGCUCAGAAUAACUGCUGUCUCCCGCGAUGGUAUGGUGAAGUGAGCUGUUGUCUGGCUGUGCACAGCCCUUGCCAGGGGUGUUUGCUGAGGGCUUCCUGUGCCAGAGUCUGGCCAGAGAGCAGGUGCAGGUGUCAUCCCAAGUUCAGGCUCUGCACGGCAUGGAGUGGGAACCCCACCAGCUGCUGCUACAGGACCCGGGAUUGCCUGGGGCUCCCACCUUCCUAUCAAUUCUCAUGGUAGUCCAAACCGCAGACUCUCAAACUUGCUCAUUAAAAAAAAAAAAAUGUGCCCGA